AUGGGGGGUGAAACAGUGAAUGGGAGAUGGCUUAGGUGGCCAAUCUCACGCAAGAGUGCAUCAGAUGGCAAGGAACUGAUUGGGAUUUUGGCGUUUGAAGUUGCGGGUUUGAUGUCUAAGGUGGUUAAUUUAUGGCGUUCUUUGAGUUCCAGAGAGAUAAUGAUUAUGAAGGAAUGGAUAGUGAAAUCUGUUGGGGUCAAAAUUCUAGUGUCUGAGGAUAAUGAUUUCUUGAUGGAACUUGCAUUGAGUGAGAUACUCAAUAACUUUGAGUCUCUAGCUUGGUCUGUGGCCAGGUUGAGUAAAAGGUGCAAGGAUCCAGUGUAUCAUAAUUAUGAACAUUUUGUUCGUAACCCUGCUCAACAUUAUCGUCAAUGGUCUGGGUGGGAAUAUGCAUGGAAAAAGAUGGAGAGGAAGGUGAAGAAAAUGGAUAGAUUUGUUGCUGCUAUGACACUACUGUCCCAAGAGCUUGAGGUACUUGCCGAGAGAGAACAGACUUUCGGGAGGAUGAAGGCGAAUCGCGAGCUUCGUGGGGUGAAAUUGCUUGAGUUUCGCAAGAAGGUCAUGUGGCAGCGCCAGCAAGUGAAAACUCUGAGAGACAUGUCUCCAUGGAAUAGAAAUCAUGACUAUGUGGUCCGGUUAUUGGCAAGAUCAUUGUUCACAAUUCUUGAGAGAAUCAUACUCGUCUUUGGAAAUAGUCAUUUGCCUAUUGAAAACCAGGAAAAUGAAUCCCUUUUUCCCUCCGUGAACACCAAUAGCAAUCAUCUUACUCGCUGUCAUUCCUUCUCCAUUCCUAUGCAUUCUUCCAAGACUAAUUCACGUGGAUUCAGUUCACAACGUUUUGAGAGCAAGCCAGGGUUGAAAUCAGCGUUUGUAGUGGACAAAGGCAAGACCAAGAGAAAGAAGAAAAAGCAGCAAGUGCUUCAUUCAGAAAGCAAGCAGUUCAAAAAUAUUGGGCCUUUAAUAGGUUGCAUGUCAGCUGGAAAUAAUUCUCCUGUUGUACAAAUUUGUAGGCCAACUAAUGGUGGUUCAAUGAGGUUGGUUGAUUGUCAUCAUGUGAAGAAUAUUGACAAAAUAAUGGAUAAAAAAUCUCUUAUAUGCAGAAGUAGAAUUUUUUUAAAACUGUCUGUGAAGGGUGGGUUAAAGCCAGGUGAAUCUACCCUUGGUGGUGCAGCAUUAGCUCUACAUUAUGCAAACGUGAUUGUACUAAUAGAGAAGAUGGUGUCAGCACCUCACCUCAUUGAUCUUGAAAUAAGAGAUGAUUUGUAUAACAUGUUACCAGCCACUAUAAGAACCGCUCUGAGGGGUAAGCUUAAGUGGUAUGCUAAGAGCAAGCGUGCCACAGUCCAUGAAGCUAGGCUCGCAGUGGAAAAGAGCAUGGUACUCUCACAAAUUUUAAAAUGGUUGGCCCCUCUGGCACACAACAUGAUAAAGUGGCAUUCUGAGAGGAAUUUUGAGAGGGAGCAAUCUGCUUGCAAAGCAAAUAUUUUGCUUGUCCAAACUCUUUACUUUGCAAACCAGGCAAAAGCUGAAGCUGCAAUGGUGGAACUCCUUGUUGCUCUUCACUAUGUGUGCAGGAUUGAUAGAGAGGCUCGCAUGAGGAAGGAACAGGAGUUUGCAGAGUCUAGAUUUUUUAAUGAUCUUCGUAUUAAGAAAGAAAGAAAAUAG